AUGAAACAUCACUGUCUUUUAACAUGUGUGCUGUUGGUUGCCUACCUCUCUGUUACAUCCAUAGCAUUUCUACCUCGCGUUAACUUACAGGAAGGAACAGGAAUGUCAAAUACGCUUGAUCAUGCAUUAAUAACAAAGAAAGGAUUUCUACAACCCCUUGAAUACUUCUUUUAUGAAAACCCACAGUAUUUAAAGAAUGGUUCCCUGACAGAUCUUUUAUACACUGAAGAUCCUUUACAGGAAAUAAUUAAUAAGAUAUCGCCGCAGGUUAAGUUCCUCAAUGCUUUGAACGAGAUUCAAAGCGCCAACGUUGAAGUAGACUCUUUACCUUUAAGCGGUUCAGCGUCUGCACAUUUUGAUGGCGAGCAGUUUAAACAAGGGUCUAGGCGGCUCGUUCAGUUGCGUCAAGAGCUUAUCACAUCGCUUUUACAAGGAAAUAAAUUUAAAAAUGCUAGAAAUUUGGCUGGUGCUGCCUUGCACACUCUGCAAGAUUUUUACAGCCAUUCCAAUUGGAUAGAACUAGGGAAAAGACAAAUUUAUGAGGAAUUGGCUAAGCCAGGAGCAGAAAUUCCGCGGGAGUUUAUUGCAAGCCCGACGGAACCAACCUGUAAGGGCUGUAAACCUGGAGCCUGUGAAAAUAACUUAAUAACAAGGAAACUCACAAGUGGAUACCGGUCAGGGCAAGACAUCAAGAAGCCUGAGUUAAUGGGAAAAUGCAGCCAUGGUGGGAGAAUGGACGAGAGCCGUCUGAAGCCCGCAACAGGCGGAAUAAACAAAGAUUCGACUUCUACGGCUGACUCGCCCCAUGCUAGGUAAUAAGAAAAAGCAAAUAAUAAAUCAAUAUCAUAUAGCUGGAAAUUUCCUCCCAACAACGCGCGUUCUCAUUGGUUACUUCGAGGUCACAUGACAUCUAACAAUGAAACUGUUUCCCGCCAAAAUCUCUGAGAGGGCAAAAUUGAAAAAUCUAUGACAUCAGAGGGUAGCAGUGCUUCCCCCGGGACCAAUCAUUAAGUGUUUAUUGUUUAACUAUUCAAUCAUUUUCUUUUGUGCAUGAUAUCUUCAAAUAACUUGCUACUUCCCCGGCAGUUUCAGGAUAGGAACGCUUUUCUUGGAGUUAUUCUUCAAAAAAAGGCAAACAAACAACAACAGACGAAGUCCUGCGACUGCUUUUGUGUAUUCAUGUCAACGUUUAGUCAGUAAAUCGGCUAUCAUGUCUUCACCAAAGUCUUGAACUAUCCAGCAGUUUUCUUACGUUCUUUAGUGCCAAACAAUGACUGGGCCGCUGCCUUUAAGAGACGUGAUUUGUCUAAAACUGUUCUUUUUUAUUGCGUAGACUAUUGAUGUCACCGUAUUGCCAGCUUGCAAAGCGUGAGGAUAUUAACAAAAAUAAGUCGAGAGAGAGAAAAAAAUUAUCUGUUAGUCAGAACCCAAGAAUAUCAAGUUAAUGUCGGUAGUUAUCAGAAACAAAAACACAAAAAUUUAAUACAAUGUCAGACCUAGAUUGCAUGGCUUUUUAUCCGAUCAACUACUUCACCUUCUUAAAAAAGUUGAACUUUCACAACUUUCUGUGUAAUUUUAGUCUCCAUGAAAUCGCCGCCGACCUUGCUAUUCAAGCCACCAGCAAAUUCCUGAAUGACAUUCGCUCCACGGUUGGUGACGACAUCUUUGCAAAAUUUUUGAACCUUAAGUCGGAGAGGAGUCUGGCUUUGGUCAUAGAUGUGUCAGGGAGCAUGAGCGGUGAGCCUAUUUCCUCUUUAAUCUCUCUUUAAUCGUUAUUUAUGUACGGUAAAAAAAAACAUCAGGUACAAUAAAUUAUAAUACAUUGACUAACAUCCUAAAACCUAAAAAUCCUAAUCCUAACGUUUUAUUAACUUACAACAAAGUACCACUUAAAAAAAACUGAUUUCCAUGAGUGCCGUGUUUAAAAAAUAUGAUAGAGAAGGCGUUUAAAUUAAUUCAAUGAACUAGACUCUCUAAUGUUACAGGGAAAGCUGUUCCAAAGAGUUGCGCCGCUGUAACUAAAACUAUUUUUCAUGUAGUUAGUUCUUGUAAAGGAGACAACAAGUUUGUUUACCGAGUCCCUCAGAGAAUAGUUUGAUUCAUUUAGCUUUAUAAAUUUUGACGUUAGAUAUUAGACGUGAGAUAUUCGAUAUUCUCUCAUGUAAUUAAGGUUAAUUCUGUUACUCUCGGAUUUUCAUGGAACCCUUGCACCUGUCCAAAAGGCUGGUAAUCAUAACAUCGUCCCAUUAGAAAGGGAAUCUGGAUUCCGGAAUUCAUGAAAUUUUUGCUAGUGGAAUCCGGAAUUCUGGGCUUUGGAAUGUGGAAUCCCACCGAAGAAAUUUAAUCCAGAAUCCAAGUUCUACUGACAAAGACUGGAAUCCAGACUGUCUUAGAUUCUCUUACAUGGGGUGACUAAUAAACCAUGGCUUGAGCCAGACUUAUCAGACUUUUGCUAUUCAGACCGAGCUUUCUUUCGCUUCCUGUGACAGGUUGGGGGGGCUCGUCAACAUUGACAAUUAAAACUUCUUUUUUUUAAUGCGACUUUCAAAUUUCAUUCAUUUUUUCCAACGUUUGUCCUUACUUCACUUAUUUUAUUUUAUUUUAUUUCAUUGUAUUAUUAUUAUUAUUAUUAUUAUUAUUAUUAUUAUUAUUAUUAUUAUUAUUAUUAUUAUUAUUAUUAUUAUUAUUAAUUUUUCACCAGAUGAAAUCAGAGAAUUGAAAAAAAAGUCCAUCAAAUUCGUUCGGGAUUCCUUGAAAACAAGAGGAACAUCCUUCACUUACAUCCUUGUGCCUUUUAGCGAUCCAGGUAUGUUAAUAUUUGAUCAAUUACCUUAUCCAACUUUUUGCUCUUUGAAAGUAAAAGACUCGCCUGGUCAAAAUAAUCACUAUUUUAAAAAAUCAUUUCCCCCUACUGUUGGGUGAACUUGAGUGUUUUAUGAUACAGCCCUUCCUGCUUCCUUAUGUAAAUCAUGUUUUCUUAUACUAACUAGUAGUAUAUUACUUUGCAUAAGAUAAUAAGAUAAAUCUCAGCCUCAAAUUUACUCGAUCUAAGACAGAUGGGGACUAACCUACAGCUGCAGAUCUCAGCAGAUCACUCUGGUUUAAGUUAUAAUUAAUGAAGCAUUGCAUGAAUGCCCUACUGAUCCUGUCGCUCAAGUUCUUCGUAUAUCCCCAAGGCUUGAAAUGGAGUUGUGGCAAGUCUAAGGUCUAUGACUUGAUAAAAGAGUAAAAAGGACUGAAAUUUCAACAUCACUUACACCUCAAAUGCGCACUAAAGAGGAAAGUUUAACUCAGGUAAAUUAAGGCAUGGGCCCAAAUCCAUUUUAUAAAAGUAGGUAAAGGGUGGGGUGGGGGUGGUCUAAGGAAUGAUCCAUUUUAUAUAACCCUGCAUGAAUAACUUUGGGAUAUCGUUAAGGGCAAUACGUUGUGAAACCUUAAAUGCUGUGUUGGAUCAUGUUAUAUAUUGUCAAAGGUAUCUUUGACAUUUUUAGCUCAAAAAUCUCCCCAGCUAAACGGCAACGCUUUUUAUUAUAGUCUGGUGGCUGCAUUUAGGUUCAUGAUGUUGAAACUAAAUCCGAUUUCUGUGCUUGGAUAUCUUGAGAUAAUUUAGAAUAAAAGUCCGAGAAAAGAAAUCAUUUUCAUUGGGGGACUGGGCACCAGUACAAAAUGCCAUAUAUUUUCAAAACCAAUGACAGAUUUAACAAAGGUGAAGCACAGUUUGUUUCUUUUCACCAUUUUGACCAAUCUAAUUGUAACAAACUUAAAGGACUGUAAGCAUAAACUGUUACCGUUCGCUUUUGAAUUUUUUUGGCUAUAACAUGCAAUGGAGACUCAACGCGACUAAGAGCGUUCUUGUUUUUACCUUCCUUUAUAGUAUUGUUUUCUUAAAAACACAGACCAUCGUCCGCGUUUUAUAUUGAGUUCGUCUUUUAUACGAGUCCGUUAAUUCUAGUCCGUUUCAUAUUGGCAGUACGUGUUUUAUAUGUACUGACCGGUAAUUGUCCUUGUUCCACACAGAUGUGGGUCCUGUUACGGUAACAAAUGAUGCAAAAACUGUGGUUGAUGCAGUCAAUAAAUUGAAACCUACUGGAGGAGGAGACUGCCCUGAGCUAGCAAUGACGGGACUUUACCAGGCCCUACUUUACUCUCUUCCCGAGUCAAACAUCUAUUUGUUCACAGAUGCUGACGCAAAAGACGAGCAACGAAGAAAAGAAGUUAUGUCCCUAGCUUUAAAGAAAAAAGUUCAGGUCUCUUUUCUUUUAACUGGCAAAUGCAAAAGGCGCAAAAAACGCCACAUAGAACAAUCAUUUAUUUUCAGACGGCUUAACCGUUCUAAGAGAAGUGGUCAGGGUCAAACAUUGUACCAGGCCAUCGCUGCCCAAACUGGUGGACAAGUCCUUGAAACUAGCAAGGCCGGAAUAGCUGAUGCGGUUAAAGUCAUUGAUGGCGGAGUCUCUGAUAAAUCAAGUGUUUCUCUUCGAAAAGUGGAGCUAUUAGAUAUAAGAGAAUUUCGUGCUCAAUACUUCGGUGGUCAUUCUUUUUACGCACAUAUCGACAGCACGCUAGAAAGUUUGGUUCUUACACUAACGGCAGCUGGCUCUCCUAGUGUAGACGUUAAACCUGUGGAAGGUAAUUAGGCAAUAACUGCGUUAAAAGUGUUUACAACUACGAAACCCUCCAACAGAAAAGUUUCAGUUGUAGGACAAAGUUUUUUUUUUUCUUUUGCUAUUUAAAUGCAUAUGUUAGGCAAAGUUAGGGAGUUUUUCGUAUAAGGUAAAAUUCACCUUCCUCGUUAAAUGAAUGCGCCAAGCUGUAACACAAGGACGACAUUAUUUCAAAUAUCAGUAUUCAACUAUCGCUCACCACCGCCUGGCCAUUCUACAGAUAUAUUCAGAUACAUCUUUGUGAAAACUAAGUUCUUCAAAGACCAAAGCAGUGGGGUUUAUUAAUACAAGCCUACCUUACUUAUGAACUUCGAAAAAGACACUAAAACCCCAGUUUGAAAUUUUAGUUUAAAAACGGGUUCUUUCGAAACGGCGUAAAGCCAAAAGCGAGUAAAAAAUACGCCCAAUAGAUAGUACUUUGCAAUGAGGUCAGUUGUCAACUAACACUCUGCACCACUGAACGAGAUGCGAUUUUUUUGCAAGUGUUUUGAUGUAACGGCCCUUUUUUGUGCUGACCUUUUUCAGGAAUCUCGUCACUACAAAAGAACGUAUUGACAUCCGCGAGUAAGCUUCUUAUAAUGGAAGUUACUAAUUUAUUCAGUGGCUUACUAAAGAUAACAGUUUCGUGCAAUGGACCAUACACUCUGCAAGUAACCGGUUCAAGUCCUCUGGACUUCACCUACCAAUUGUUGGACGUAGAAGACCUGGAACGAGGGACUACAAGGCGUGUUAUAGGAAAUCCUUUAAGAGGUAAGGCAAUAAAGGCAAUAAAUAGCUUGCCUGCCCAACUCUUUGAUUACUUUUGCUUUUUAGGGAAGGCGGGUGGGCGGACAUUUUGUAAAUUGGGAUCGAAGCACGCUUUUGUAAACCCUCUCAUGAUACGGCCACUAAAAUCACACAGCAUUUCUAAGGGAUGCACCAUUAGUUUUUUGGCGGGGGGUGAGGGGGGUUAAAAAUUUUGAAAUAAAUUGUUUACAGAGGCUGUAGAUACUGAAAUAAAUUGAAUGCAAGUAAAAAAAAAUGUUUACAGGAAGACGGAGACACACCAAAAAAAAUGGUGAAUCUCCGACGAUAAUCGUGUUCCCGUUUCCCCUGAAUGUUGGGGAUAGCCUCUGAUUGGUUGUUAUGUUAAUGCCAUGACGCAAAUAAUUUCCGCUGUUGUGGCUGGUGAAUGAACCUCAGAAUAGAUCCUGGGGGAAAACUCACCCUUUGCGUGGACAGCUUAGCGCAUUUAUAUUUGUUUUCUUGUAUUUCGGCUCUCUGGAAUAGGAAACGCGCGUACGAUGUUUCAGGCUGCACCAGUUGCUGGUUCGUCUGUCUCUUGUAGUUGGUAUUGUAAAUAACAAGAGACGAAUGUACAGAAUUCAAAUCUGAUAUCUGGAUUUUAGCGUGGACAUUGCGCGAAGAUGUUCGGCUAGCAGACGUCAUGUGCACAGACGUCAUCCUGCCUCUUGGCAUGCCUCAUUAGUUAUGAACUCAGUUAGCGUAAUUACAAUUUUAUGACGGAUAAUAAGUUGGGGGAAUUUACGUCUAGAAAUUACAGAUAUACAGUAAUUAGACUGUUCACUAGCCUGCGUAGCAUGCGUUUCCGUGUGGAUUAGCAAAGAACGCGGGGCGAAAGUCAACGACCGCGCAAAAAUGGCGCAAGUAAAACAGCUGCUCUCGCUUCAUUUUUUCGCGCGGCCAAAACCUAAAAUCCCAUUCCUCGGUGUCGUUUUGCUCCGAAACCAAACGGAAACGCUUUCCACGCAGGCUAACUGUUCACAGUCCCCUUAUUUUUGUAAGAUAGUAAGAAUCGAGAACUCACCGAUACGGGCGACCAUCUUGUAACGAGGGGGCGGGCGUCGGGGUUUAUAGCGUUGGGGAGAGGGAGACGAAAAAAAAAAAUGUUUUUCUUACCUCCUCCUAAACCAUCCCCCGCCCCUUGAGUUGAUUUGACAUUCAUCCAAGACGGAAGCCCGAACCGCAAAGCCCUCGACCUCGACGAUGUUAGGGAAAAAUAAGGGACUGUGAACAGCCUAUACAAUGUCGAUUUACGUUUCUUUUUUUUUUUCCUGCAGGACAACUGCUGCUACUCACAAUGGACUUCGUUGGGCAACAAAUUCAAAAACCGAGCAAUUUAACACUUGUGGAUUCAAACGGAGAAGACCUUGAGACAUUCAACAUCACACAAGGGCAAGGCUUCUACAAGGACACUUAUUUUGUUACCUUUGUUCCAUCUGUGGAGAACUUCAGACUGAAGGUGACAGGAAUAGACAAGAAUGGAGCCCGCUUUCAGCGUAUAAAACCAACUUUAUAUAGUCUUGGUGACGUGAAACUCUCUCAGAAAGUCAAUAACAAAAACAGUCCAAACACCAUUUUUGCAGGAAAAUCUUUAGAGCUAGAAAUAAACGUAAAAAAUUCUGGGGAUAGGCAAACCCUGUACUUCACUGCAUCAGAUGAUCUGAAUUUCUAUAGUCGAAUAAAUCCCUCGCAAGCUAGCUUGGGAAGGAAUGACACGCAGGUUCUUCGACUUACUCUUGCCGCCCCCAGCAGCGCCAAAUACGGUGUGACAAGCACCGUCACGGUAUUUGCAUCACAGACUUCUGACUUUACCCAGGUUGUUAAUUUCAUGGUUUUCUUUGUUACCGUCGCAUCCAAGGUAAGUAAAAAUAUAGAACAGAUCCUUGUCGUUGCAGUCAGAUGUAUCACAACCGAAACAAGCUUGGGGCGUUUUCAAUGCCAGUUAGCCACAAGGACGAACGUUUCUUGAGCCACUUCCCAGACAUAGUUAGAAGUAACCAUUACAAAGCAAAAACGUCAUCUAAUGUAAACUGAAAUCCACAAAUUUUUCACAGAUUCUGAGAGCAAUGCCGCCUAAAUCUGUCCUCACAAAAGAUUCAUGUUUCACUUUUAACCAUCGUUGAAAAUUGCAGAUAUUUGUUGGCAGCUCCCUGAGAAAAAACUCCCGCAUUAGAAAGCUUCGCUAAGCCCUUGUUCCCCUAUGUUUUAUGCGGACACCUUUGGAUGAUUACGCUGUUGCCCAUCGUACAGAAGAGCGAGCUAAUGCGAUGAUGAGGGACAAAAGUGUUGAGACACUUCUCUAAAAUGGCCCCUUUUUGAACAGUGGACAUACCUAUCCCCUCCCCCUGUGUACCCCCUCCCCUCCGCCCAAAACCAAUGUUGUAUUUUAGACUCAAGUCUUUCUUUUACCACAAACAACAUUGAUUCGGGGGUGGGGGGAUUUACGGCGUAAAACAGAAUGAAAUAAUAAAUGAAUGAAAUUGUUGAUAAAAGCACGCUUCUUAGACAAGUGUGUCAACUACUUUUAUCCCAUGAUUGUAGAUUAUUUGCACUGCUUCUACUGUCUCUCGCAUCAAAAGUAACUUCUAAUAUUAAAUUCUUACAUUACAUAGUGGUCUUGGAACACACGUUCUAAGCUUUUUAGGGAUUAAAUAUAUUUUUCAAUGGUUUUAUUAUUAUUGAUAUUAUAUAUAAUUUUCGUCAUCAUUGUCAUUGUCUUUGUCAUUGUCAUUAUCAAUAUUAUUGUUGGCUGGUUCAUUCCCUUCCUUGCUCGCUGAUUGUUGCAACGUACUAACCAAACUUUCAGGAUCCCGAUCUCUCUCCUCCGUCAUGCACAGUAGUGAAAAAAACUGGGACAUGCACCGGAGUAUACGGCUCACCGAAGUGCAAGCUGAGCAGGUGGCAAGCGCGUGUAUCAUUUACCGAUGCUGGCCAAGGACUGUCAUCGAUAACCACAAGAGAUAAUAUCAAUGGAGCCCUUCAAGGUAGGUUUAUAAGUUGAAUAAGUGAGCUGAAAAUACUAAUUAAUCCACAGCUGUAUUCCAGGAACCCAGAUUGCCAUUGCGCCGAUAGUCUUAUUAUCCACGCGCUUUGGAUCCUUCACUAAGAAAAAAUAGAUAAAUGAUAAUGAUAAUGAUAAUGAUAAUAAUAAUAACGAAAUGAUAAUCAUCUAGUAACAAACGGAAAUAAUGUGGCAAAAUCGAGGAACAGCGUCUAUAACUGCAUCUUUUUUUUUUUUUUCAGUUGGGGCGUUCAACCAGGGUGCAGUCAACAAAGCGAUCUCAGCAUCCUUCACGUCAAACUGUUGCCAUCCUAAAGUUCUCUUUGUGGGUCUUGACCUCGUAGGAAACACAGGCACUUGCUCUAUCAGCCUUGUUCCUGAUAUUGUGUCCCUCAGAGCUAAACCGAACACCACAGCUGUGUCCCUCUAUCCAGGAAACACUACAAGGGUCCUUUUUACACUUACCAACCUUGGCUCUAAAGGUUCUUUCGCCUUUGAAGUGACUAAUGCGCCUGCCCUCAUCAGUUACGUUACGCCUUUUACCCUUGCUCUGCAAACAAAUGCUACUACUUUUGGUCACUUGGUUAUAAAUUCACGCAGUGAGAACAUUGAAGUGCAGAAUUUGACGGUUAUAGCUGUCUCCCAGUCAGAGGAGGUGAAUGUUAGAAAAGUGGCUUUAUUUUCUCUCCAAGUGUCGAUAUUAUCGGACAGCGAACCAGCAACUCCAGCUGAUACCGUGUCCCUCAAGGCCAACCCGAGCACCACGGCCGUCUCCCUUCAUUACGGGGAUUCCACGAAAGUCCCUUUUAAGCUCAUCAACCUCGGCUCUAACAGUUCCUUCUCAUUUGAAGUGACUAAUACUUCCGCACUCCUCUGUUACGUUAUGCCAUCUAGUCUCGUUCUGCAAACAAAUGCCACGGCAACGGGUGAAUUGGCUAUAAACUCACGUGAUGAAAGCGAGAGGGUGUACAAUUUGACAAUCGAGGCUGUUUUGCAUUCAAGCAAAGUGAGCGUGAGAAAGAUACCUUUAUUUUCUGUCCAAGUGUCUGUGAGCAAGGCGCAACCGAAGACGAAAAUUUUCAACCAUUUGCGUUUAGAAGCCGUUAUUCCUGCUGAUCGCUUCUCUCUGGCACCUGGGGAAAGUCUGGAUGUUAAUUUCACGAUCAGGAAUUUAAUGUUGGAUAACACUUUCACAUUUCACGUAAGUUUUAUUUUCUUCUGGUUCUUCUUUGUGUUAGAAAUGAAAGUGGAUUUAAGGCUCUCCGCGAAACUAAAAAAAAGUUACAGGUAUAUAUUUUGUAGUUAAUUUUUUAUCUCAGGAAAUAUUUAUUUUUCCUUUGUUUCAACUUCAUUAGGGUACAUUAACAUACGAAAAAACAGAGCAAAAACAAAAAAUUACCUGAGAUAUCUGCUGAGAUAGAUAAUUAACAAUUAUUCCACGCGUGCGCUUUGGAUAUGAGAUGGUUGAUGGCCAACGAGGCGUGUAGCACCUAGUUGGCUAUAAUCAUCUCAUAUCCAACAAGCGCGAGUGGAGUAAUUGUUUUAUCAAAAACGCCCACAAAAUAUCGAGAAUUCUUUCCGACUUUAUUUGUUUAUAAUUUUGAGCAGACGCGUACAGUUACCAUAUUUGGAGAGAGCAUUGUAUGAUGGCUCAUAUCCCAUGGAUGGCUAGGCCAAUCAUAGCUCUAGAAUUGUAUCAUCCAAUGAUUCAGUUUUUAAAAAUAAUAGAUCUAGAUAAUGAUAACUAAGAAUAUAUUGAAAAAAGAAAAAAACCUAACCAUCGGAAAUAAAGAAAAGUCAAAGCACCGAUGGCGGUUGUUGUUGCAACCCCCUUUGGGUUAAACGUUUAGAUAAUGCAAAUGACUUGGGAUAUGGCGCUGUAGAGGGCUUGUGAUAUUAUUUAAAUAGCCGCCAUCAUGGAUUUUACUGAAAAAUACAGCCUUACCAAAAUGCACGCUUUUCUAUACAUUUCAGGCCUGAAUUCUAAAAAUAUGCCAUUGUUAUUUCCUUUGUUACUGUGAUAUGUUUCUGUUUUUGCCGGUUGCUGCUGCUGCAUGUGUUUCUUUGAAUUUUGUUUCUUUUGCAAACAAAGAAACGCGUUGAUUCGCAUGCGGAUUUUUUGUUAGUGUUGUUGUUUUGUUUUUGUUUUUGUUUUUGUUUUUUUUUUUGCUCACCUGGCCUAUCUUACUUAUAACGUUAUGUCUCCAGACCAUGUGAACAGACAGUCACUAAUCUUGGCCAAGAUGUGUCUGGGAAUGAUAAAUGAGCACCUACAAAAGAGCAAAUUGUCGGCAUGGCUUAAAAUCGCGUUGAAAAAAUCGGUUGCGUCCAUCUAAGGCCAUCCUCGUAUGCUCGAGGGUUAAACGUGUGUUGAUUUACUGGUCUACAUUUACACAAACUCAAAACAUGAUAUUAAAGCCAAUAAUGACGUGUUUCCAGGGUUAAAAUUAUAUAUUUAAUGGGCCAUAUGUUUAAUAGACAAUGUUUAUGGGGUGACUUAUACUGGCAAGUACAUACCAAGACAAUUUUCCAAAUAAGAUGACUUAAAUUUGCACCAGUGUCAACCGUUAUUAUAUAUUUUAAUGAUUUGUAAAAGGUGAUUUCAUAAACUUUCUAAUUGCCCCUCACCCCCACUCUACUGAGGGCGAUAAGUGCAACUGACAAGAGCAUAAUCCACUAGUCAGUGGAAAGCCCCACACCCCCAUAUCCGGGGAAUGAGGGGCAAUAACGGAAGAUUGCAACGGUUUUAGACUGUCAGUUCUAACAUGGUAUGUGGGAUUUUCGACAAUAUUAGGCGGAAGUAUCAUCGAGCGAGAACCAUUAGCGGGGCUUCAUGGGGGGUUCGCCUUUGAUGGAGCCAUCUUGAAUAGGCAUAUAUGGUACGGGAACUGAAGCACAUAACCUUGGUUCUGGCGGGAAAUAUGUAGGAUAUUGUUUUGAAUGGGCGUAUCAGCGGAGGACUCAUUUAAUCUACUAUAAUCGCUUGAAGAGGUCAAAACGUUUGGAGUGCCAAUAUUUUGUAACUCAAGGUAGAUUAUUAUUCAGCCCUGGUGUAGUCAUAAUUAAAUUUCGACCCUUCUUGCCAUAGAACUUCCACUACCGACUCAGUGGUUAGAGCGUCCGAACUAGACGUCGGAGGGUCGUGGGCUCGGAAUUUUUUCUGAGCUUUCUGGUAUAAGGAUUCUCCUUCUUCCAAAUUACACUUUGGCCUGGGUGAGAAAUGGAUAGCACUCUCUUGUUGAUUUCACCACUUGCAGAAGUUCAGUUCGAGGCAACAGUUCUUGAAAUGUAUUAAUUUUGGUCAACAUUGUACGUUUGUGACUUUUCCUCCGUGGGCGGGGAACAAAAGUGACGCUUUGAAAGUGUUCCCAUAGCCGAGGAUUUGCCUCAUUUAGAAGGCAAGGCUGGUCGGAUGAUGCGCUCUUCCUCGGGUAUUUGGCUGCGGGCUUUCCACUGCUAGUGCAUAAUCGUUGUUCUUUUUGCUUUAUUAGAGAGCUUUAGAUUCUGAGACGAGAACGGCUACGAGUACGAUAUUUUUUUAGUACUGAGUAUUGCCCCUGCGUGAGCCAAUUAACGUCAUUAUAGCUGGGGAAAACGUGAAGGCCGUCGUCAAUUUACUACGAGUUUUAGCGAGAAUGUCAUAGUGGCGGAAACAAGUUAACAAAUUUGAGAAGUUCAAUCACUUUGCGACCGGGAAAGGGCUAAACCUUCUCGAAUAAAAAUAACCGUGCUAAUUUUUGAGGUGAAAACGGUACAAUGAAGCUUUCCGGGUUGAAUAUUUUUCGAGAAUACGCGAAAAAACUUGAAGUUAAAUCUCGUGCUCUUGGUCGACCUUGUCCUCCAAUAUAAAGCUCUCCAAUGUUUCUACUCUCUUUAAUAUUUGUCAUCAGGUACUCAGCAAUCAGUCUUCAUUAAAUGGAAGUGUCCAACCGUCUCCAGUGUUUCUGAAAACAAUGCAACCCACUUCUUGCCUUCUGAUCCUGACGUGUCAAUCAGAUGCCAUUGUAGGCACCGUCACGCAAGUAAAUGUCACGGCUGCACUCGCAUCACGCAACACCGACGUAAAACAUCUGCAAGUUUUCUCUCUGAUCAUAACUAUAGAUCGCAGACUUCUCGAUAGAAAGGAAAAUUUAAUCACAGUCAAGAACAACAGGCAACUUAAAGUCUGGCAGGCUGUUUCGAUAGCCGUCUCAGUUUUCUUGUUGGCGCUCGUUGUUUUUGCUUUGCUGGUG